AUGGAUUCGGCCACUCAAGUUGAAACGCAGUCAGAGUUUCGUCUGCACCAGCUGCGCCUCCAGAACUUCAAAAAGUUCGAGGACAUAACUCUCACCCUGACACCCAGCCCCAAGAUUAUCGUUGGCGCGAACGGCUCGGGCAAGACGCAAAUCCUCUGGGCAAUUCUCAUCUUCCUGCGCGGCCACAACUCUCGUAUUCCCAGCUCCAAGCACUUCCAUAGCGACCCGUUCAGGUUUACAGAACUCGAGGACUUGUUUGGAGACCGUGCAUUUCUGGACAGCGUGGAGAUUCCAGACACGCUUGUCCGUGUCGGCACGUCGGACAAGAAAUUCACGCUCACCGGCACGUUCCACGACAGCCGCUACCAUGGUACCAACAAGGACGACGACCCGAAUGUGCAUGCUCAGAUGGCAUAUUCGUUGAAAGACGGCUUGCUCCUCGACAAGUCGCAUCACAAGUCGCUCGCCCCGAUCCGUUUCGCGUUCUUGCCUCCAACCUACCAGUGGGGAACUCAAAAGUUCGAACGUCCAGUCGAUCACAUGUUUUUGUCUGCUGGUGUUCAGCAUCUGCGCAAUCGGCUCGAUCAGCAGGAAGCAGUGGAUUUUGUCAACCAAGCUCUUGUCCAUCUCAAGUUCCAGGCCAAGCUGACUGUCGUCGCUUCGUCGGGUCGUGGUCCCGUUGACGUUACAGUCACCGAGAACGGCGUCACCCUCGACAUUGGUGUCUGCGCCGGCUCGCUGCAGAAGAUCAUUGCCAUUCUGACGCUCCUCUACCAUCUGACGUCUGACGCAACUGCCCAAGCCGUCAAAAAAGAGGGAAAGCCGGGCCAGAACACCUUCAAGCAGCGCAUCUUCCUCAUCGACGAGCUCGAGGCACUGCUCUAUGAAAGCGUGGCAUCCAAGCUCUACGCGUUUCUCGUCAACACAUGCGCCGAGCACGACAUCCAGCUCAUUGUUGCGACCAACUCGCGCGCCAUCAUUGAGCAGCGACUUGACACGCGCCAGGAUGUUCUCUUCCUGACUUGGGAUGGCAAGGCCGUCGAGAUCAGCAACAAUCUGCCGUACAAGCAGGUGCAAGAGCACCUCUUCCCUGUUCUUGAUGCACUUAGCCAAGUCAAGGACAGCAAGCCAAUUCUUGUUCUUGAGGGCAAGAACGACGAAGAGUUCUACCGCAAGUACACGACGCUCGGCCAGCACUUCCACUUUCUGACCACGUCGGGCGCCGUCAACAAGCAGAGCGUUUCCAACAUUCUGACGCAGGCCAAGCUCAAGCACGUCUUUCUCAGAGACAGUGACAUGUAUGCCGCUUCGCCCGAUCUCACAGCCGCCCAGGCUCGGAUCACAAAAAUUGUGGGCGCUCCCGUCGUCUACACGCUGCUGCCGUGCAUUGAGUCGUACUUGAUUCUGCACCGACUGCUCAAGAGCGCGGAUGCAGACACUCGGCGUCUCAGGGUUGUCCAGGCCCUUCCGCAGCGCAAGUCGUACUUUGUCGCGACCUUCAAAACGUUCUGCAGAGAGUCCUCUGAUUCGGCCCUCGUGAGUGCUUCGAGUCUUGGCGAGCCAGCGCAGGAUCCUGCGAGUGAGUUGGCUUCAAGUGAGAACGACGGGACCAUUGCCAUGCUCGAUCGCGUGCUCGCCGACUCGGAAAACGGCCCUGAGGUACUUUGGAACUCUCUGCUCGCCCGGCUGACGACCGAAGGAACCUCCUUCUCCUCCUCGUUUGAUCGCAAAAAUCGGGUCUCGUUCUGGACCACAUAUGUCAAGAUGGUCCGCGGCCACGACUUUAUGCCAGAUGCGGCGGACUUCAUGGGCAGUCUCGAGUGCAAAGAUCUCGAUCGCGACGUGAAAGCCCUACUUGCCCAGACUGAGCAAGCUGUUCUAGCGUGCUUGCGUUGA